CCACGCGCCUCACCCGAGUAUAACGCGAGCGCGGCUGAGCGCGUGUGAACUGUUUGUGUUUGUGAGUGAGAGAGAGAGCGCGAGACAGCGCGUGAGAGUCAAGCCCGUACCCGGGGAGCGCCGAGAAAUUAUCGGAAACAAUUUCAAUGAAUACCACAGCAAUAUGUUAAUUGCGACCACUUCUGCAGUGAGCGACUCGACAAACUAGCAAAUAAGAUUACCCUUCGGUUACCAUGGUGCCCCCGGACCAGACCUGUACUGGAAAUGAGCCAUUGAUGAGUCAGCCGCACAGAGGACAGUCCAUCACUGAGCUCUGCCUGAAGCUGUUGUGACCGGUACCACCCCUCCCAGUUCUGCUCCUCUCUUUUCCCUGCUCCUGCACCAUGUUUGCCGUUUCAAGGAGAGCCAUGGAGUCCCGCCUCGGACUGUCUCUCCCAGCCGUCCUGCUCCUUCUGUUUCUGCUGCCUCAGCCGUGCUCUCCCGAGUCUCAGCCAAUAGAGGCGGAGCCCGUUUCCCCGUCCGUCACCACGGAGCUCUAUGGCAAUGACAGCGACGAAGCCAAGCCCCCCUGUAGCGACUUGACCAUCUGUAGUCCAGGCAUUCUGCUGCCUGUGUGGCUGCCUCAUCAGCCCGGCUUGGGGGACCAGGUGGCUCGAGCCAUCGUCUACUUUGUCUCACUCAUGUAUAUGUUCCUGGGUGUAUCCAUCAUCGCUGACCGCUUCAUGGCCUCCAUCGAGGUCAUCACAUCUCAGGAGAAGGAGGUCACCAUCACUAUGCCCAAUGGCGAGACGUCGGUGGCCACCGUGCGUAUCUGGAAUGAGACAGUGUCCAACCUAACGCUGAUGGCUUUGGGCUCCUCAGCCCCUGAGAUUCUGCUCUCUGUCAUUGAGGUGUGCGGGCACAAGUUUGAGGCAGGUGAGCUUGGCCCGGGUACCAUCGUGGGAAGUGCUGCCUUCAACAUGUUUGUCAUCAUCGGCUUGUGUGUGUGGGUCAUCCCCGCUGGUGAAUCCCGCAAGAUCAAGCACCUGAGGGUCUUUUUCAUCACCGCCUUUUGGAGCAUCUUCGCUUACAUAUGGCUGUACCUCAUCUUGGCCGUCAUGUCGCCGGGCAUCGUGGAGGUGUGGGAGGCACUGGUCACGCUGCUCUUCUUCCCAGUAUGUGUCAUGCUGGCCUGGAUUGCCGACCGACGACUUCUGUUCUACAAGUACAUGCACAAGCGCUACCGGGCGGAUAAGCGCCGGGGCAUUGUGGUGGAGACGGAGGGCGAGAUGACGCCCAAAGGUGAUGAGAUGAUGAUGGAUGGCAAGUUCCCUGCCCGGGCAGGCAUAUUACCCACCGAAAACUGCCAGGAUGGGAACAGUGUAGUGGGAGUCGGCCUUCCCAAUUCCAGCAGCACCACUGUCGCUAUGGAUAACAGCAAGGAUCUGGACGAAAGUCGCAAGGAGGUGAUCCGUAUCCUUAAGGAGCUGAAGCAGAAGUACCCAGACAAGGAGCUGGAGCAGCUGGUGGAGCUGGCCAACUACUAUGCCCUGAUGCACCAGCAGAAGAGUCGCGCCUUCUACCGCAUCCAGGCCACUAGGAUGAUGAUCGGGGCGGGAAACGUGCUGAAGAAGCACGCCGCCGACAAUGCCCGGCGGGCAGCGGCUACUGAGGAUCCCGCCGAGAAGGACGACCUAGAGACCUGCAGCCACAUCUCCUUUGAUAGUCCCCAGUGGCAGUGCAUGGAGAACUGCGGCACGGUUGCCCUUGCUGUUGUCUGCCAAGGCGGCACUGGUGAGAGCACCUUCUAUGUGGACUACCGCACGGAGGACGGCUCCGCCAAUGCCGGCUCGGAUUAUGAAUACAGCGAGGGCACCCUAGUCUUUAAGCCUGGGGAGACUAGAAAGGAGAUCAAGGUAGGCAUCAUCGACGACGACAUCUUUGAGGAGGACGAGCACUUCUUUGUGAGAUUAUUGAACUUGCGUGUGGGCGACGCAGAGGGCAUGUUCGAGAGCGAGGGUGUGGGCAUGGCGCCCAAGGGCCGGCUGGUGGAGCCGUUGGUGGCCACUGUCACCAUCCUGGAUGACGACCAUGCUGGCAUCUUCACCUUCAGUGAGCGUCUGGUGCGUGUGAGCGAGAGCGUGGGCACCAUGGAGGUGACGGUGGUCCGUAACUCAGGUGCCCGUGGCACCGUCAUCAUCCCAUACCAUACGGAGCCGGGAAGCGCCCGCGGUGGUGGUGUGGACUACGAGGAUGCACAGGGGGAACUGGAGUUCACCAACGAUCUGACCACCCAAACUCUGAAGAUACGGAUUGUGGAUGACGAGGAGUACGAGAAGCACGAGAAUUUUUUCAUUGUCCUGGAGGAGCCACGGUGGCUGAAGAGAGGGAUCUCAGCUCUACUGCUAAACCAAGUGGACCAGGAGGCGGAGCUGAGCACGGAGGAGAUGGAGGCACGGCGCAUCGCUGAGAUGGGGAAGCCGGUUCUGGGCGAGCACGGCCGGCUCGAGGUGGUCAUCGAGGAGUCUUACGAGUUUAAGAGCACAGUGGACAAGCUUAUUAAGAAGACCAAUUUGGCCCUUGUGAUUGGCACCCACUCCUGGCGGGAACAGUUCGUCGAAGCCGUGACUGUCAGUGCAGGUGAUGGAGAGGAGGAUGAGGAAGGGCGAGAGGAGCGUCGACCCUCUUGCUUUGAUUACAUCAUGCACUUCCUGACAGUUUUCUGGAAGGUUCUGUUUGCCUGCGUGCCACCCACUGAGUACUGGAACGGCUGGGCCUGCUUCAUCGUGUCCAUCUCCGUCAUUGGUUUCCUCACUGCCAUCAUCGGUGACCUCGCGUCACAUUUUGGCUGCACUAUAGGCCUGCGUGACACUGUCACUGCUGUGGUCUUUGUGGCCCUGGGAACAUCUAUUCCUGAUACCUUUGCCAGCAAGGUGGCUGCCAUACAGGACCAGUAUGCAGAUGCGUCUGUGGGUAACGUGACUGGGAGCAAUGCGGUCAACGUCUUCCUGGGGAUCGGGGUGGCGUGGUCGGUGGCGGCCGUGUACUGGCACGUGCAGGGGAAGGUUUUCCGCGUGGACCCCGGCUCCCUGGCCUUCUCCGUCACCCUCUUCACCAUCUUCGCCUUCAUCUCCUUCGGCGUGCUGCUCCUCCGUCGGCGGCCGUCCGUCGGCGGUGAACUUGGCGGACCUCGUCUCCCCCGCUUUUUCACCAGCCUGCUCUUCUUUGGCCUCUGGUUCCUCUACAUCCUCUUCUCCAGCUUAGAAGCCUACUGCCACAUUAAAGGCUUUUAAAAGCAAGGCACAGGGAAACAAAAAAAAACGAAACAGAAAACCAUGCACACACUAAGUGGUACAUGUUACCUUUACGGGAACAGAGCUAAUCCCGGACUGUGCAUGGCACCCAACAUAAUAUUUUAUUGCCCUUCCAUUUCUAGGGGGAACUUUUAAUGAAAAACACACACACACACACACAUGUGCGCACACACGCACGCACAUGCACGCACAUUUACACGCACAACACCAGUACAGAUUAUGGUCCUGUCCAUUGAUAAGAAUACUGUCAUACUAAUAAUGAACUUGUGGUACACGUCGUAAAUCACAGAUGACAUUUGUAUGCUGCGUAACAGAGAAGGAGCAGCAGAAGUUAUUAGAAGACAUGAUAUCUUUAGAAUAAAGGUUUUUAGAGGUUUUAAAAUGUGGUGAAAUCAGCUGAGAGAGAGAAAGUAACAUGACAAGUAAAGAUGGGUACCCAGUUUUGAAAGUAAGAGCUGGAAUGAGAGAGAAAUGACGAAGAUUAGGUAAAAAAUAGAUGCGUCAGAGGGUUUGACACCUUGUACUGCUCAGGAUUGAAAUUACUGUGCAGUAGGAGUGUGUCUGGUUUAGGGCCACUGAGGUUUCUAGAAUAAAUCUGUAACCCUGUAGAGCUGACUUGACCUGUGGCUUUUAUGGGGCACAUGAUAUUACUAAUCAAGGCUUUCUUGGAAAAUGUCAUCUUACUUCCAGAUUCCUUUUUCUCAAAGCCACUGCGCACACAAAGGUUUCCUAUCUACUCUAAUUGUAGAUGUUUUAUUUAAAAUACUUUGCAGACGAGGCCUUCUUAUUUUGUAUCUGAUCCAAACAUUCAGUGUCCAUUUCGUAAUCCAAAUGGAGUUGUUUUCGCAAAUAUCAAAACUGAAGAGACUUGCUCCAGGAAGAAUUUCAUUCUCCUUCAUUCGCAGUGUGAGAACCUGCCACGUUUAAUAUUGAAUUGGCAGUUUCUAUAGCAGCAAAUAACUAAGGGAUUGGAUAACUGGAAUAAAUGAAUAACUAUUGUGAUAUGAAGCUCGUCAUCUACUGCUACUGACCAUUACAUACAUGGUAAUGUUCAAAAUGCACAUGAAAAAGUUGUUUGGAUUAACUGUUAGAAGUAAGAUUUUUUUUACUAUGUGAGACAAUGGUGCAUGUUUAUUUUGAGGUGAAGUCUAUGUCCCCUAAAAGCGAACUAUUUAUGAUCUCAACCCAUAUCAAACGCAUAUCAAAUGGUUAUCGGUAGUCAAAAGGCGUGCUUUACUUAAAAUGAAAAUAGGGCAUAUUAGUAAUAUGAUUUAUGUUUUAUGUAUUCUUUUUUUUUUAAUCUUAAACACCUAUGCCCGAAUUCUUUUUUCUUCUGCAUUUCAUAUUCUUAAAUAAUUUAUAUUAUGGAAAGUUUUAAAUGCAUCAAAUGAAGCAAGUCCUGAAUAUUCGCUUGGUUGUGACAGCCGUUGCACUGGUUCACUGAAUAUUUAUUGAUAUAUUUCUACACAUUCCUGGCUAUCCUGGAGAUUUUAAACUAUCGAGAAAUAUAUCGGGGGGCAUGGUGGCUUGGUAGGUAGCAAUUUUGCUGUAGAGUAUCCAUGCUCUCCCUGUAUCGCACAGGUUUCCACUGGGGACUCCGGUUUCCUGCCUGUGUCCAAAGACAGACACUUAUGGGAAUAGGCAUGUCCAAAUUGCCCAUAUUGUGUGAGACUGUGUGUUUGUGUGCCCUGUGAUGGACUGGCAUCCUCUUCAGGGUGUUGUGCCCUGUGUUGCCUGGGAUUGGCUAAUGGUUCCUUGCAAACCUUUACUGGUUAAGUGGUUGAAUAUAUGAAUGAAACCUACUGAAAUAAUGUGUCACUCUAGCUAGCCGAUAGCUUGCUAUUUCAGGUUCUAAUUAGCUUCGACAGCCUUUUCCAAGGUUGUUAGUAACAUUUUCCCUGACAUAUCUAUAUUUGUUGCACCCCAACUGAGAAGGUCCAACCUAGCUCAGCUGGGUGCUGUGUACAUAAAUAUUUUUCAGGCACCUGUAAAUUAUUAACUCUCAAAAACACCCAAGGGACAAUUGCACCAAGUGUUCAAAUAUUUCAGCAAGUUAUUUUUGUUAGAAUUACAAACGAACCCAAAUACAAACGAACCUCAAGUUCAGGCAGUUUUAAAUGUCUUUCCUAGCCUAAGGUCUCAACCUUACAGUAUCAUAUGAUUUGUUAGGAAUUGGUUAAUUUUCGAGCCUUUGCUAAGCAAAUAGAACAGCUAGUGACCCUACAUGCUUUGUACUGAGAGGGACUGUGAAUAUAUCCCACAAUUCCACUCCUCUCGCAUAAAAUCAUCUUAUUUAGGCGCUAAGGCCAUUAAUUGUAUGAGUUUAUUCCAUCACCUCUGAUACUUCCUUAUUCUGUCCUGCCUUCUUUAUGACCCACAACCAUCCAAAAAGUGAAAUCAUCAUAUGGAAAUAUAGCCCCGCCCCCAGGUUACGAUGGGGUUACCUAUCGUAAGGUGAAAACAUCGUAAGGCGAAAAUGCAUUGUAAUACAAUACACCUCACCUAACAAACAUCACAGCCUAGCCUAGCUUAACUUAAAAACAUGCUUAGAACAGACAUUAGCGUACAACAAUUUGGCAAACACAACGUCAUUAAUACACAAUGAAUCAUUAACACAACGACUAUUUUAUAAUAAAAUCAUUUCCCCAUCAUAAAGUUGAAAUAUCGUAACACGGACUGUCGUAACUUGGGGAGCGUCUGUGUAAUGAUGACGCAGAUCCAUGCACUCCAUCAGUUUUCAUUCUGUGAGUGAUCAGCAGCAUCGAGUCAGUCCUCAGAAAGAUACUGAAAAACAAAAGAACAAAACCAUCCAACAAAGUGAACAAUAUCUGAAGCAUUAUGUCCUCUUUAAUAAUAAAUAUAACGAAAUGCAAUUAUGUUACUUAUUUUACUAAUUGAAAUAUUAGCUGGGAGCAAAGGGUUUGGUCCAGUGGACAGAGGCCAUGCUGACUUAAGAAGGGGAUUUUGUAUUCUAAAAGGUCACACUGCGGAGCUAAGGAAAUGUGUAAUAAAUGUGUUAAAUAUUGUUCAUUCAACUGAAAUAUGCCAUUUUUGUGAAAUUCUCUAGUUUGUAUCGCUUAAGUAAGUACCAUUCAGCUUACUCUUUAUUGUGAUAGCUAGUGAUGCAUGGCAGAGUUGUUGAACACAGUGGUUGCAUGGUUCAAGUCAAAAUAUGCACAGGAAGAGCAUUUGUUCCGUUUAUGAAGGGUCUAAGAAUGUCAGACACAUGCAUAGAUUAUAUUGUGGCUUAUGUCGAUAUGAAGCAUGUCCACUCUCCAUUGGUCCAGGCAGAUGAUGCACUUACUGAUCCAAGAGCAUCUAAAGCAACUGUAAUUUGAAACCCUCCAUUUGGUUGAAUUUAGAUACGUAACACGGAUUCAAGUUCCAUCCUUGGGGUCACCGUCUGUCCACAGUUAUUCAUUCAGUCCUUCGAGUUCUUCGUAACACCAUAGUCUAUGACUGUGAUGGAGGUUUUGACUGCAACUGUUGAAACGGAACUCCUCCAACGGUUUCUUAUAACUGUUACCUCAUCUGUUUGUGCUUAAAUGUUCCCCUUGUCGGCUUCUGUUUAUGUUUAUUGAAUUGCUAUGCUUUACUGAAGUAGCUAUUACAAUGUGAAUAUAAUGUUAGCUGUAGCAACUUUGUGGAAAGAUUGAUGACUGGCAAAGACUAAGACUACUGCUAGGACCCUGCUAACAUAAUAUUCUCAUAAAAACAUAAGGAGAGUAUCAUGUCAUCUACCGCCAGGGUCUUGUACGUAUUAUUUGUAUUUCCUGUUACUGUUAUGUUUUCUGCAGGUACAGGAAACAAAGGAAAAUGUGCAAUAGGCUGCCAACUUGUAUAGUGUGUUGUGAGAUGGCAUCUUAUGCCUGAAACACAAGUUUAAAAGUGCAAUAAUUCAGCCAGUGGCAAAGGUUUCCAGUAUAACAGAAACAUUUGUUUGUAUAUCGCAACUUGGCCUAUGAGACCGACGUGUUAAGGGAACAAUAGCUUAAUUUACUGUCCUUCAUGCAAAUUCUGAUGUUUAUAAGUUUUCUUAAUUAAGCCUUUUAAAAUUCAAUAAUUAUGACUAUACACAAAAAUGUAAAAUAUAAGAAACGCUGAAAAAUGUAUUUCUGGCCUAAAUGAAGAGUAGCUGUGUUCAGAAUGUGUUGCUCACUCAGCAAAAUCCAGAAAUCAAGCUCUGAAAUGUUUGGGCCAGGAUCUCUCAUAUCAAUAGACACGCAGAAUGGUUUCUAUGGCAACAGUUCUCUACACGUCCUUAUUUGUGUCCUUCUUCUGACCUCUAGCAAAGACAGAGAAACAUAAAGGUGUUCCUGGCUUCGGGUCUGUGUUAUGCCCAACAAGAACUGGGAGUGAGAAUGAAAGUUGUGUGAUGUUUCUGUUUGUUUGUUUAUUUAUUUAUUUAUUUAUUUUAGUAGAAAUGUCGUAUACUGAGAAUCUGUUUACUAAUCAGUGUUGACAUUGCAAGAAAUACAACUAAUUUGAGCAAUUUUGAAAUUCAGUGUAUCUCACGAUCGCGGAAUUGUCUGUCUGUCUGUCUAACUGUGACUUUGUAACUGGAAUUUGGAUCUUUAAAAUUUAGAUUUAUAGCAAUCCAACUCGCACAUGAGUAAUCAAAAUGUUUGAUACCAUUUAAAUAAGCAGGAAAUAAAUAUAUAGAUAUAUGUACAGUAUGUACUUUAACCUUUAAAUGCACAUAUGUUUACAUGGCUAUAUAUGUAUAGAUAUUUACUAUCUGUAUAUGGAUCAGUUUCUGUGUGUGAGACUGAUGGGCUUCAAUAAUAUUUAACCAAUUCAUUAGUGUUGUAGCUCAUUAUUGAUAUUCAGUUAGGAUGUUUUUUAUCAAAAGAAACAGGACUUCUGUAUCACGGAUGACUGCCUUUGGAUAAUGAAUUUGCUCUGCUCUAAAAGACUUUGUACACUUUUACGCUACUCUCCCUCCAAAAUUUAAGAGGGAACUUUUGUAUUUCCACAUGCAAUGCAAGAGUAUAUAAUUAUACAGAUUAUUGUUAUAAUAAUAAACAUUUAGAUAUUUUUCUAUUUUUUUUCUUGGGGAAAAAAAGGAAAUCGAUAUGUUCUAGUUCAUUUUAUAUUUGAUUCUAACCAUUGUAUGAUCAUUUUCACAAUAAGAAGGAUGUUUGCUUGUUUGCGUUGAGUUAGUCAUACUUUUAGGAAUUACUUUUGCACAUUUACCUUACACCUGCUGACUGUUAUAACUUUUUAAAUUCAGUUUGAGAGCAUUUUGCCUUUUAAAACAGAGGAAGCUGUAGAACACAAACGUUUUGGGGUCUGUGACUGCAAUCUAUUACAGUUUUGAUUAUCUAAUGGGAAAAAAAGAAACAUUUUAACCUUCAUAAAUGUAAGUUUUUCCUAGCGCUCACCUGUUUGGUUCCCCAAUGAAGCAGUGGCAGACUUAUUUUAUCCCCAGUGUGAAAACCAUUGUUUCUCAUACACAGUGUUGAAAGAAAAGCAAAAUGAGAUGCACGCAUGAUAAAGUUAAACUGGGACACUGUAACAGUAUUUUUGUCUCGACUUGUUUAGAAUAGUGGCAUACGUUUGGGGAGAUUUAACGGUAAGUAGGUUAGCUUAGUGACGUCUUUAAAACGACAGUCCUGUCUGUUUCAAAACGUGCCGAAAAUGACUGCAGAACGUGCAGACUAUGCCAUCGGUGUAAAAGUGUGAUUGCUUUCUAUUGUCUACAUUCUGUCGGUUGUGCUUCCGAAGUGUAAACGCAUGAGUUUCUGGUACCAUAGCAUGAUCCCUUAUCGACAUCCUUGAUUCAACAAUUUUGCGUCCGCUUAAGAGAAAUGGCUUGCUGGUUUCUGUAGUAGAGGGCGUGGCUGAAGGUCAUACGACCGGAACAGGGAAUGACAGCUGGGAGAGAAGCAGGAGAGACGGUCUCCGCACUUGCCUGGGGGCGUUACUGUUGCCUGUCAUCCAACACCUGAUACUGACUGUGCUUAGUAUGUAAACUGUAUACCUUAUACGCUUUUGAAGCUUUAUUAUUAUCACUAUUCUUUUUUACAAAAUGAAUAUGAAUUUCUUAUUAUCAAUGUGAAAAGGCAGUUAACUGAAUGGACCUCCUUGCUGUUGACUCCAUGUCGGUUUGUUAAGACUUUGCUGGUAUAUGCUCUAUGUACGUAUCUGUUUGUCUUCCCUUCCCUUUGUUGGGGCACUUUACCCCUUGUCUUGCUCUCUUGUGUAUUUUGCGUAAAAUUAUAUGUGAUCCUCACUCUUUGCUUGUUAUUUGUAGGAAUAAUGACUGACUAAAGAGAAUAUGUAUCCAGUACUGUAUACUGUUUUUCAAAAAAUAUAUAACAAAAAUAGAAAAUAAGGAUGAUUACUUGUUUUGGAGAACAUGGCAUGAUGUGUAAUGUGUACUGGAAAAAAAUAACCACAGUUGAUUUAUUGAAUACAGUUAAUUUAUUUUGAAUGC